AUGGGCAUUCCAUUGGUGCUGGAUAAUAAAAUACACAAUACUCGAUCAGGGGGCUUUGAAAGAAGUGAGGAAGAAAUUGAAGCUCAACUAAAAAAUUCUAUUAAUGCACUUAACAGUUAUAGGCAGGCUAAAUUGGAGGAGGUGUUCAAAGUGCGAUUUGAUGCUAAGAAUGCUAAUAUCUUGAAAGCUUGUGAAGCAUUUGACGCUGCUUCAGAAAACUUUUUAGAUUUUGAAAAACUUCUGUAUAUGGUAGACCAUUUUGAUUGAUUGAAUGUCAAUAGAACCUUAUUGAAAACCGAAGCAAGGAAAGCAAAAUAUGAAAUUUCUCUCGGCUUGCCUAUUCGGAGAAGAGGAAUGGAAAACCUAAUGAAGCUGAUUAAUGUAAAAAAGACUCUAUCAACAUCCUCUGCGAGUGUAGAAAGAGCAUUCUCGGCUAUGAACCGCAUAUGUACGAAGCUGAGGUCAUCUCUGACCUCUGAAAGAUUAAGUGAUUUGAUGUGCAUAACACUUAACAGAGAUAUUGCACUGAACUUGGACAUUGAUACUCUCAUCAAAAAGUGGGCAUCAAUUUGCAACAGAAGAAUUAACAUAUAAUUUGCCUCAGAAAGUAACUUCAAAUUGUUAGCAGUUAGCACCAAAUACAAAAACUAUUUGGUGAAAGUUGAAAUUUUUUGAUAAAAUCGCUAAAAUAAUAAAAUCACUAAAAUGUCUAAAUUAACUCUACAGUAAUCUUAUUUUAACCAAAAAAUUAUUUUUUAUCCUCCAGCUAGUCACCUGCUGGUGGCUGCAUUUACAGCCUAUCGCUGCCUGCAGCGGUUGCCGGUCGCAGCCAUGCACCCCACUAAAAAUUCUUCUACCCCUCCUGUUAAAAAAAUGAAAAUCCGCCCUUGAGAGAUUGGUUGCAAUCCACCCAUAGGUGUAUGAGUUGCAACCAGUGUCCAGGACAAAGAGGUUUUCGCAUAGUUGGAUGGAAUUUGAUUUCCAAACAUGGAAAAUUCUUUGUCAAUUUUAUUCACAUGGCAAUAGUGAUGUGAUGUAGCUACGAACCACAUACUUUCAAAGAUCUAAUGGUCGAUAUACACCCAAUCAUUAUCACGACUGAUAUUUUAUAUUAUUGAAACCAAAAUCAGAUCAAAUUCGUGAAAAUGAAUAUCCACUAUAGACAUUUCUUAUCAUAGUCAGAUCCUGUCCUAAGGUUAAAUCUUAAUUUUAGCCUCAGGACAGUUGAAAUUAAGUUAUUUUUCCGGUGUAAUAUCAGUGAUUGCCUACUAUAUAUAGGAUCUGGAUUUUCCAUGCAUUGAUCAUGCAACUGCAUUUAUGUAGAAACUGUAAACAAAUAAGGUGUACGGUUCAUUGUACUCUUACCCCAAUGACCCUGUUUUGGUGUGACUAUUUCCUCAUCUUUCGUGUACAUUAGGUUUAAGGAUAGGUUUCUGCAUGACUACUCUAGAUCAAAACGAAAUAUGGGGAUAUGUAAAACUUCAUGUGCACCUGUCAUGCUAAAACAGGUCAGGAGCAAAAGUGCAAUAAACAGUAGACAAGUCUGUUGUGCAAGGAAUUUCUAACCAAUAGAAUUAACGGUAUUAUUUAACUUUAUUUUUUAUUUCCUGCAAUCUGAUUGGCUGCAGCAGCGGGCAGCUUUUUACUAUGUCUUGACCGUGGUCCAAAAGAGUUAUUUUUUAGUGACAAACCGAGGAGUGAAGGCAAUUUUCAAACUCAAAACACUACCCAAAAAGUUUAAAAAUUCAUCAUAUCGAUAUUAAAGACAGUAAAAUACAGUGAAUUGACUUCAGUGCAUAUAGUGCCAAGCCCGAAAUGUACUUCACUCCUACCAAACUGCGAAAAAACAAAUAUAAAGAUCGAAAAACACUGGCCAGUGCUACAUGUUUUGAUUCAAAUGUUCCACAUAUAUCCAACUAUUCUUCGAAAAUACACGUAUAAAUAUAUAAAUAGUACAACGUACAACUUGUCUUAAUUUAAACAUAAAAUUUUAAAAAAAUACCUUAAAUGGCAGUUUAAAGACUAUCCCUCGGCUUAUUUCGGUCAAAAUUGUUUUUAAUAUAUAAAUGUUGUAAUGAACAAAUUGUUUUUCGGCAACUAAAACUUGUAUUUGUCGGUCAAAAAGCAUUUUUCAAGCAUGUCCAUACUGCAAAACGAAUUGGGAAGUUUAUUUACCUUCUGUUUUCUUGUUGAGCAGAAAAUCAUCUACUGCAAUUAAACUAAAAGCUUUUUAUCCGUCGUUUUAGCAGUUUGUCAGCCAUGCUUGCACUAAAGUAAGUCAGUAACGCAACUGAUCUCAAAUGUACUUCGCAACCGGAAUUUUAUCGGAAUUUCAUUAUAACCGUGAACCAUCAAAUAAAAAAAUAAACACGUUUUUUACCGUUUAGGUCGGUCCAUACUAAAAAUAUUUUCCCUCGGUCUCAGAAGCGUCCCUCGGCCUUCUAGUCUAGGACCUGUAUAUGAGUUUAUAUGCGUUUCAUUUAGCACAGGUAAUCUCAACUGUUUUAGGGUGAUGAUCAUGGCAGUCAACAUGGCAUAUGUGCCAAAACCUGAAUCCGGGACGAAAGUCCUGAAAAUGGCCCCGCCCUGAAACGGCAGUGUCGACAUAGCUCUAACUUCCGAAAAGGAAAAGCAAUAGCCUUUCUGAAGUGCUUAUAGUGUUCAGAAGGGUUGGUUUUAGGGGUGGUCAUUGGAAGAAAAAAUUUGUCUAAGUAUAAUAUUUUACAAGAAAAUGACCAUGCACUCCCCCCCCCCCAGGUAAAUUGCUAAUUAUGCACAAAAUAACUAAUAUGCCUGGCAGAAAUUAAAUUUUCUUAUUUCCUAAAAAAAAUUAUCAUGUGGUGAAAAACUAUGCUCAAUUUAAUAUAAUUAUUGUGGAUUUCAUAAGGAUUGUCAUUAUUUUCAUUAAUACAUUUUAUUUCACUUACCCCCCACGAAAACACGAUUUCAGUCAUAUUUUGCCGUCUUGUUUGCUUUUUAUCGCCGAAUCUGGCAAAUAUCAUCCAGUUGUUGUACUUUUACAUAAUCACGAAUGGCUGAAGAAGAUUUCGAAGAAGGUUUCAUCAAGUUUGGAAAAAAGUGCAGUGUAUUUUAUCUUCGAUAUUGUGUCCUUCGAUAUUUCAUGAAAUAUGGCGCCAUUGCAAUGGCUCGCCGCUUCUCUGCCCGAUAAAUGCCACUUCUUCGUCUUCCUAUGUAUUUAGAUUACAGUAUCCAGAAGUAAUUCAUUGUAGAAUAGUCCCAAUCGAAAAAUUGAAAACAUUGUGUUUGAAAGGAGAAAACCUCCCAAUACAGUUGUCUUGUCAGAAUUCAAAAGAAGCAAUUUAAAAGUCACGCGCAAGUUCGUGAAUACUCCUCGUGGGCUACAUGACCGGGGGGGGGGUGAAUAUUUUCACGAAACGUUCGUUCGCCACCACAGAAACCUAACUAAAUACACUAUAUUUAUUGAAUGUUUAUGAUUGAUGAUAAAAACAAUAAAUAUUUGCAUAUUUUUAUCAUCAAUCAUAAACAUUCAAUAAAUAUAGUGUAUUUAGUUAGGUUUCUGUGGUGGCGAACAAACGUUUCGUGAAAAUAUUCACCGCCCCCCGUUACGUAGCCCACAGUGACUUUUAAAUCACUUCUUUUGAAUUCUGACAAGACAACUGUAUUGGGAGGUUUUCUCCUUUCAAAUACAAGUAAUGUUUUCAAUUUUUCAAUUGGGACUAUUCUACAAUGAUUUACUUCUGGAUACUGUAAUCUAAAUACAUAGGAAGACGUAGAAGUGGCAUUUAUCCGGCAGAGAAGCGGCGCGCCAUUGCAAUGGCGCCAUAUUUCACGAAAUAUCGAACGACACAAUAUCGAAGAUAAAAUACACUGCACUUUUUCCAAACUUGAUGAAACCUUCUUGGAAAUCUUCUUCAGCCAUUCAUGAUUAUGUAAAAGUACAACAACUGGAUAAUAUUUGCCAGAUUCGGCGAUAAAAAGCAAACAGACGGCAAAAUAUGGCUGAAAUCGUGUUUUCGUGGGGGGUAAGUGAAAUAAAAUGUAUUAUUAUAUAUCAAUAGUCAAAGUCGCAUUUUUCUAGUGUUUUAUUGGUUGAGAGCAUAUCACGUGAGAGUGAGGAAAUUAGGCUGUCUCCCUCGCAACAGCGUGAGAGGGAGAUAAUACGUUAUCGACCGGCGAAUAACAAAAAAAAUCACGUGCGCCAUCACGUGAAGAUGCGACCUUUGGACAUGCCUAGUACGUAAUUAAAACUUUCGCUUUAAGUAACUGCAGUGUAGCCAGUGUUUAAUUAAUAUAACGUUUUAACAAUAAAAUAUUUCAUGUAUUUACGUUCAUUUGUUCUUUAAUUUGUUGUUUCUUUGACUAUUGAUAUAUAAUAAAACACCUAUUUACUGAGACUUCGGGAAAGCAGUGUGUUUUGUGGGUCCACAAAACACACUGUUUCCCUCGGUCUCAGUAAAUAAGUGAUAAUUAUAUACCGAAGUUGAGGUGAAUAUCCCUGCACUAUUUACCGACACUGAGGUGAAUAAUUGUUUUAGCAUGUACCAUAACAAAACGAGAAUCGGACCAACGGUUUUAGCCAGGUGAAAGGAGCUUUCUCUGAACACUGGUUCACCGAAACCAAAUAUUAGGUUAAAUAAAGGUCAAUUUUGAAUUCCAGAAAGCAAACCUCCAACCCAAGAAGGCAGUAAACAGACAGGGACAAAACCAGAAGGCGCUGGUACUAACGUUAUUACACCUAACGAAUCAGCUGGUACAGACACAACUGGUACAAAACCAGGAGAUACAGGCACAGAUGUUAUCACUCCAACGAAUACUGAUACAACUGGCAAUCUACCUGGUGAGUUUACACUGCUUCCUCGCGUAAUAACAAUUCUUAUUACAUACCGAAUGCAAGGGUAUUCUCCGAAACGCGAAGAACUGAGGUGAAUAUCCUUGCACUACCCAGGUGAAUAACUGUUUUGGCAUGUACCAUAACAAAACGAGAAUUGAACCCACGAUCUCAGAGGUGGAAGGAGCUUUCUUUGACAAUGCCCGCCAUUGACAGAGGAAAAUAUGCACAACUCAGUACUGCUUGUACCAAACUCAAGUAUUAGGGUUAAAUAAAGGUCAAUUUUUAAUUCCAGAAAGCAAACCUCCAACCCAAGAAGGCAGUGAACAGACAGGGACAAAACCAGAAGAAUCAACUGGAAUCACACCAGAAGGCGCUGGUACUAACGUUAUUACACCUAACGAAUCAGCUGGUACAGAUACCACCACCACAACUGGUACAAAACCAGCAGAUACAGGCACAGAUAUUAUCACCCCAACGGAUACUGAUACAACUAGCAAUCUACCUGGUGAGUCUAUACUACUACCACGUAAUAAUAACUGAUAAUUAUUCGCCGUGGUGAUAGUGAAUAGUGCAAGAAUAUUAACCGAAACGCGAAGAUUUGAGGUGAAUAUCCUUGCACUAUCCACGGUAUCACAACGGUUCGAUUACCGCGGCGGACGCAUGAUUCUUAAUAUGUGAAAAGAAUCAGUCAACCCUCUACAGGGAAUGUUGACAGGGUGGGUUGCGAUUACCCCUUCCACCAUACCUGUGCUCCGUGAGUCAUAAGGACCCAUACAGUGGCUUCCUUUCAGGUUGAGCUGCGUCCUUCCCCAAUGUACCUUUAACCUUAUAACUAAAAUUUUGAUCUAGACAUUUUGAUCUAUCACAGCUUGAAAGAGCAUCACAAAAUUAGUAAUAUUCCGAAGUUUCGUUGCGAAAUGUUGUAAAAUGCGGAUAAUAUAGCCCUGCGAAAUUUGCAAUUUUCAGCAAUUUUGCAUUACAAACGGGAAAUUGAUGCCCCAACACCCGAUUGGGCUAUCAUGCGUAAUACAAAAUGACUGAAAAACGGCAAACUUCGCAAGGCUAUAUUCUACGCAUUUUACAACAUUUCGCAACGAAACUUUGGAAUAUUACUAAUUUUGUGAUGCUCUUUCAAGCUGUGAUGAAGUUUUUGUCUAGACUUGUCUAGAUCAAAAUUUUAGUUAUAAGGUUAAAGGUCCAAUUCAGGUUUACUCUCAAAUGCAAGUGAGGAUGAUUACCACACACCCACAUACACACUUACCACCCUAGGUGAACCCACUGGUACCACAAGCACCACACCAGAUUCUACUGGGAAUACUGCUACAAGCACCACAGAUACUGGUGACGCCUACCAAAACGAAUGUGUAUGUGCGCAUAAUCAAAAGCGAAAAGCUCAUGGAACUACUCCCUUGAUAUGGUCAGCGGAAAUUGCAGCUUCAGCACAGGUAGUAUUACUGUAAUACACACUUAAGCCUGGAUCACGAGGGUGAGAAUGCAUUCGAGUGAGUAUGGUCACGCGACUUUGGUUAGCUGUUCUUAACUCUUUCCCAACCCUUUUGUGAUUCUAUUUAAGUUAAAACAUACUUCAAAAUUUAAAUUUUGUUCGUUCACUGCAACCAGGUAUAUCAAUCAUGUUCCGCUCGCUAGUCUGGUUUAAAUGAUUACAAAGCCCAGUCGAAUUGUAAUUAAGACCCAACGUUUCGACACUCCAGUCUAGUGUCUUCAUCAAGAGUGAUCUAAAAUUGCAAUCGUGGCUUCUUAAAUACCCAAGGGAUGACGGCACCUGCCAAUGAGAUGCAUAUAUUCCUCUGGCAAAUAGGCACCGUCAUCCCUAUUCAUGACGGUGCCUGUUUGCCAGAGGACUAUAUGCAUCUCAUUGGCAGGUGACGUCAUCCCUUGGGUAUUUAAGAAGCCCGUAACUCGUCAACACUCACUGUUUAAUGUCUGUGAGGGAAAUAGUUAGUUUUGUUGUGCCGAGAGAUUCAAUGAGUUCCGAGAAGACGUCGAGGAAAACAUUGAGAUUCGAAGAAACAAACUUAUUUUCAGAGGGAACCAGACUUUAAGAUUAAUUUUUCUUAUACAAACAAUUACAUUUCAUUAAUAAAAGCUUUUAAAUGUGAAUGAUUUUAACCCAGUAAAAGAACCUGCUAUCUCAAAUAGAUUAAUAAUUCAUGAGUAAAUUAGCCAACCAUAUUGCUUUGUUUUGCUGACAUGAUAACACUGGAUACCAGGUGAAGUAUAUUGAUCCAGUUCUAGGACCAAAAUUAAUUCAGUCCUUGGUCCGUAAUUCACGUGACUUUAAGUAGUGAUUUAUUCGUAUAAGAUGUCAUAUUCUUGAUCAAAUUGCGCGGACUUCAAAUCUAUAGUCCAGUCCUCAUAGUCGGACUUGAAAUAUGACAUAAAGUGCUUCAAAAGCAUUUUCUGGUUUAGGGCUACAUGCACGCGUAAAAAUUGAGAAAAUAAACAACUUUUUGCAAGUUGAUAUCGACAGGCGCGAACAAGGUUGUGCAGCGCACUAUGAACAGUAUUGUCAACAUGUUGUUACAGCAUUGUUCAACUGCAACAACUUGGAACAACAUGGUUGCCAACUUGUUCAUAGUUGGCCGCACAACAUUGUUCACGCCUGUCGAUAUCAACUUGCAACAACCUGUGCGUUUUUAGCCGUGUAUACCUGGCGUACUAGGAUCGUAACAGCGCCUUAACCCUCAUUUUCUUCACAGGAAUUUGCCAAUGAACUUGCGGCAGCUGACAGCGUAAAUAUAAAACAUGGGAAGUCAAGUUACGGUGAAAAUCUCUACGUGGCGUAUGGCACCGCGCCACUGCCGAAAGAUAGAAAAGGCACGUGCGUUAAAGCCGUCGAUGAGUGGUAUGAUGAAAUAGCGGAAUACGACUUCAACAACCCUGGAUUUAACAGCAAAACGGGUAAGUGUAAUAGACCUUUCCCCUUAUGAGUUGAUCUAGAUAUGCCUGGACAAAACUUUCAUCACAGCUUGAAAGAGCACCACAAAAUUAGUAAUAUUCCGAAGUUUCGUUGCGAAAUGUUGUAAAAUGCGGAUAAUAUAGCCUUGCGAAGUUUGCCGUUUUUCAGUCAUUUUGUAUUACAAUCUAACAUUUUGCAUCAGUUUGAUCAUCUGAUUAUCAAUUUCCCGUUUGUAAUGCAAAAUGAUUGAAAAACGGCAAACUUCCGCGCAAGGCGAUAUUAUCCGCAUUUUACAACAUUUCGCAACGAAACUUCGGAAUAUUACUAAUUUUGUGAUGCUCUUUCAAGCUGUGAUGAAAUUUUUGUCCAGACUUGUCUAGAUCAAAAUUUCACUCAAAAGGAAAAAGGUCUAUUGGUCUUGGAAAAUACACAUUUGAAAACAUGAUAGAGCUACACACGUAAAAACGCACAAGUGUCACAAGUUGUAACAAACCUGCAGCUGCAGACUUGUAUAGCAAUGCUGUUCCAACAACUUGUCAACAGGAUGUGUUCGCACCGCUUGUUCCCAGCCUGUUCCUCAACGGCUUGUUGACAUCUUGCUAUGUAAGGGUUGUUGAGCUCAACAGACUUGUUACAAGUUGUUCCAACAACAUGUUAUCGUCCUGUAAUUCAACACUUUGUUAACAACUUGUUAAUGACAACCUUGCUAACACAUCGAACACAUCUUGUUGAUAAGCUGUGAUAUUUUUGCGUGUGUACUCGAUACAGUAUCAUUAAUCUAGUAUGUCCACGAUAUCGUAAAGAGACUGAAUGUGGAAAAUCCUUGCAAAAUAGUGGAGUAAAACUGUGGGAGAGAUUGCACUCGAAAUUCUCAGCUGCAAAAUCCUGUAAUAUACUCAAAAUUUUGUUGUAAGAUUUUACGCAAUAAAACCAAAAAUACAACUAACCUAAGUGUUUUAAAACAUUAUUGCAACAAGAUUUGAAUGAGUUUUGCCAUUUAGUAUUUUUACUUAAUUUGUCAUUUUAGGUCAUUUCACUCAAGUUGUUUGGAAAACAACGGCACAAUUUGGGGUCGGAGAAGCUCUUACUUCUACCAAUAAACGUUUCGUUGUUGCUCGCUACAAACCUGCAGGAAAUAUGAUGGGGGAAUUUGAACAGAACGUUCCACGUCCUUUGACCGGUAUGUACAACGGGAUGCCAGUAUCUGCUCUGUUUUAAAAAGGUUGUUUGUUUUUGUGGUAAUGAUGGUGUUUUCGUUAUGUUAUUUUUGUUUUAUCUGUUGUUGUUGUUGUUGUUGCUGCUGCUGUUGUCGUUCUCGAUGUUGAUGUCAUUGUUAUUUUUGUUGUUGAUAUUUUUGAUGUUCUUGUCGUUGUCGGUGUUGUUAUUCACUUACAGUCUCUAACAGGUGCUAUCUUUACAGCAUUGUUGCAACUUGUUGACAAGCUUAAGCUACAAGCUUGCUGUGAACACAUCUUGUUGACAAGUUGUAAGAUUUUUACGUUUGUAGCACAUGUUAAUUCCAUACUUAAUACUUGUUGUGUUGGUGUAGCGCACUCGGGUGACUAAGAUGCUUGUGAUGUUACUCUGAGUGUAUAUCCACACCGGGCAGGCUUGAAAAAUAUGUCUGGCCACGGUGGGAAUCGAACCUACGACCUUUGGAAUACUAGCGAUAUCGAAGGAACUACUCACCAGUUCCGAAAUAUAACAUACUCGAACCGACCUGACCACGUAGCUCAGUUGGCAGAGCAUUGGGCUAGUAUUCCAAAGGUCGUAGGUUCGAUUCCCACCGUGGCCAGGCAUAUUUUUCAAGCCUGCCCGGUGUGGAUAUACAGUCAGAGUAACAUCACAAGCAUCCAUACUUAAUUUAUUCACAAUUGUUAGGUUCGCCCGCACCAGCCAGCACAGAAUGCAUUAAUGCAGCCGGUACAACACCAACCGACACAGGUCCAGGCACCGGCGGGCUGAACCCUACCCCCAAGGUGCCUGAAGAUACCGACAUUUUGCCUAGCCCUGCAGCAACUCCUAACCCUCUCACAACAGGUGAAACUGGGGGUGUCACACUUAACCCACUCACAGGCGCCACUCUUAGCCCGCCUACUCCGAGUGGAAAUGUUGGUGAGACCCCCAACACCCUCUCUGGUGGCGAAACUGGACCUGGAACUCCCAAACCUACCCUUAACCCACUCACAGGUGCCACCCUUAGCCCGACUGCUCCGAGUGGAAAUAUUGGUGUGACCCCCAACACCCUCUCUGGUGGCCUAACUGAACCUGGUACUCCUAAACCUACCCUUAACCCACUCACAGGCGCCACCCUUAGUCCGCCUACUCCGAGUGGAAAUGUUGGUGAGACCCCCAACACCCUCUCUGGUGGCCUAACUGAACCUGGUACUCCUAAACCCACCCUUAACCCACUCACAGGCGCCACCCUUAGCCCGCCUACUCCGAGUGGAAAUCUUGGUGUGACCCCCAACACCCUCUCUGGUGGCCUAACUGAAUCUGGAACUUCUGAACCCACCCUCAACCCACUCAAAGGUGCCACCCUUAGCCCGCCUACUCCGAGUGGAAAUGUUGGUAUGACCCCCAACACCCUCUCUGGUGGCCUAACUGAACCUGUAACUCCUAAACCCACCCUUAAUCCACUCACAGGCGCCACCCUUAGCCCGCCUACUUCGAGUGGAAAUCUUGGUGUGACCCCCAACACCCUCUCUGGUGGCCUAACUGAAUCUCCCAAACCCACCCUUAACCCACUCACAGGCGCCACCCUUAGCCCGCCUACUCCGAGUGGAAAUGUUGGUGUCACCCCCAACACCCUCUCUGGUGGCCUAACUGAAUCUCCCAAACCCACCCUUAACCCACUCACAGGCGCCACCCUUAGCCCGCCUACUCCGAGUGGAAAUGUUGGUGUGACCCCCAACACCCUCUCUGGUGGCCUAACUGAAUCUCCCAAACCCACCCUUAACCCACUCACAGGCGCCACCCUUAGCCCGCCUACGAGUGAAAAUGUCGGUGUCACCCCUAACCCCUUAUCCCCAAGUGUUACACCUAACCCCAUCUCCCCAAGUGUCAUGCCCUCAGGUAGGAGACCGUUAUUACUAUACUACUAUUUUUAAUUAAUGCACUUCCCCCACCCUAAAAUUUGCAAAGCUUUGUAUAGAUAAUUGAGUAUGGUUUCGAGUGCGAUUUGGAAAAUUAAAAACAUACACGAGUGAGUUUUUCAAAGACUGUCAGAAUUGAAGUCCUUGAAAAACUCACGAGUGUAUAAUUUUUCAAAUUGCACGAGAAACCAUACUAUUACUUACUUAUGAUAUGCAUGACAAAAUUGUGUGGCCACGUGCGUAAGUCGCAUUUAGAAAUUAAGAAAAUUAAGAAAUUUGAAAAAUAAAAAAUUAAGUAUUAGAUUUAUUACUAUUAGAUUUAAUAAAAAAACUGUGCAAUUUGAUGCCAUAUAUAGUGAGAAUAAUUUGCAUAUCUAACACUGUUAAAUAUCUCAAGGAAGAAACAUUCAAGCUAAGAUAAGAUAGUUUGACAAAGUAUCUAAUAUCAGUAGUUUUUGUACAAUGCAACCAUGAAAAAUGGUAAAUGUUUUGUUUCAUAGCUACCAAACCAAGCGAGCCGACUGACGCCCGACCAAACAAACCUUACGAUCCAAGCACACCAGGUAUGUAGUAGCCCUAAACCAGACCAGGCAUCUCACCAGGGCACUUAUAAAAAAAUUUCUUCCUGAGAGCACAACCUGGAGACAAAAAUUUCCUGCAGACCAACGGAGUAUUUUUGUGCUAAAUCUGCAUGUGCAUAAACAUAUAUAGUGUUCUAGCUGACCAUGGUUUUAAAUUCAAGGAAUAAUGCCUGUCAACCAUAUGUUGUUGCGCCCAUAGUGGGACAUGGCUGUUAAGGUUUCCUUCAAAUUUUCAAUAGCAAAUCUUCAUUCAUGCAAACGAAUUUCCUGCAGCUGUUCAAAUUAACAUUUUCUGCCAGCAGUGCUCGCCGCCUAAGUUUCCCACCCCUGCUUCUUACAGUUUACUUAUAACAUGGAUAGUUAAUGCGUAUUUUACUGUCUAAUGCUUGCCAUGCUCCAAAAAAUGACAAACAAUAUUAAGACAUUCCAUCGUAGAAUGGCAUGGUUGUAUGUUUUGACUAAAAUACUCAGCUGUAUCACUGCUGUUAGCGUGGAAUUAUUUCGCAUUUAGUGAUGUCAUAAUUUUCAACAAUGUUGAGAUGCCAUCAGCACGCUGACAAUAUCAGGAUAACAUCAUGAGUGUCAUAAAAAUACUGGAUAUAGGAAACUCAUGCCCCCAUGCUUAGACUAAAGGAAUACCGAAUGGUCUUCCGUUCAGGAUUGCGUGAUCCAUGCACGAGGGAUGUCGCGAGACUUUCGGAAAGCGUAAAAAUACUCGAGCCGCUGCAGGCGAGUGUAUUUUUACGCUUUCCGAAAGUCGAGCAACAUCCCAAAUGCAUGGAUCACGUUAUCCUGCUUGGAAAACCAUUAGGUAAUUGUUUUAUAAAAUAACUACAGUGAAACAAUGAUAUUUUGAGAAUCCCGCAAAAAUCCCGCGAAGGCAUUUUAAUUCCUCGUGCAGGAUAGCCUGAUCCUGCACGGCUAUUGACCAAUCAAAUCGCGUGUUUCGCUGUAGUUAUUAUAUAAUAGAUUUUACCAAUGUCUACUUGACUUAAUUCUAUAUAUAUCAUAAAAAAUAUUAGUAUGACAUUAGAGGUAUACCUUUAUUUGUUACGUUUACCGAAUAUAUAGGAGGAUCUGAUACAAGAUACUAAAGCUAGUGCUUAUAAUUUUCUUAACAAAUUACUUUCUGCAUAGAUCUUUCAACAUUUCAAUAAAGUCUGAUGAUGAUUCAUUGGAAACUCCUAGUACUGCAUAUCGUGCGUUUUAUGAAUGGUUAAGUGGGGGAGAGACCACCACGGGGGCUGGAGGUGCUCCCCCCCAGUUCUAUAUAUAAAAACUUAUAUAUAUGUAGAAAUUAUAUAUGUAUAAAAAAGGCCCUGAUGAAUGGUAUCUUUUUCUUUUCUUUUAGCAAAGUUAAUCAAAGCUGUAAUUGGUUUGGUGGGCCAAGUAUUUACUGCAGCACUUUCUAAUCCCGCCACUGAAGAAUAUCAAAAAGCCAAAAAUGCCAUUGAACAAGCG